AUGUCUUCGCGCUUUAAAGCUAACGCUUUGGUGCUGUUAUCCACGUAUCGUACCUUGAUUGAAGUAGGUCACAAAUGUUAUUUUAGAUUUGCGCAUCCUGGAUAUUGGCAUGAAUCUAUUGAUGCUUCUCGGAAGGAAUGUUAUUUGUAUACAGUAAAAUCUUCUUUUGUACAGACCAAGAUAGUGGCUUUCAACUGCCUUAUAUCAAAAUGGAUCAAAUUGAUCAACCAGUAA